GACCACAUCCGGCGCUUGAUUGGAAUUUUCUCAGCUUUUUGUCACUAAUGGACGUGGAGGAUAAGCCUCAACAUCUUCUUGUUCUUGUUCAUGGCAUCUUGGCAAGCCCAAGUGAUUGGACGUAUGCACAAGCAGAGCUAAAAAAGCGGUUGGGAAGAAACUUCGUGAUCUAUGCAAGUUCAUGUAACACUUUCACUAAAACCUUCACCGGGAUUGAUGGAGCUGGAAAGAGGCUAGCAGAUGAAGUCAUGUUGGUUGUAAAGAAGCAAGAACACACAUUAAAGAAGAUUUCCUUUUUAGCUCAUUCUCUUGGUGGAUUGAUUGCAAGAUAUGCACUUGCUCUUCUUUAUAGUGAUGAUGUGGUUGCUGCUUCAACUACUACAAACUUCAAGCUUAAAGGAUUAAUUGAUGGGCUGGAACCAAUCAAUUUUAUCACCUUGGCAACACCACAUCUUGGUGUGCGAGGGAAAAAGCAGCUUCCAUUUCUAUUCGGAGUUCCUAUCUUAGAGAAACUUGCAGCACCAAUUGCUCCCUUUUUGGCUGGUCAAACAGGUAAACAGCUCUUCCUUACAGAUGGCAAAUCCAACAAACCACCUCUUCUACUUAGAAUGGCAUCCGACUGCGAUGAUGGUAAAUUCAUAUCAGCCCUCGGUGCUUUCAAAUGUCGGGUACUUUAUGCUAACGUCUCUUGUGACCAUAUGGUUGGUUGGCGUACAUCCUCUAUAAGAAGGGAGACACAACUUCUCAAGCCACCUCGGCGAUCUUUAGAUGGCUACAAGCAUGUUGUAGAUAUGGAGUACUGUCCGGCUAUUCCAUCUGAAGGUCCCCAUUUCCCUCCUGAGGCAGCCAAAGCAAAGGAAGCAGCCCAAAAUGCAUCCACCAUGCAGACCACAUUGGAAUACCAUGAAAUUAUGGAAGAGGAAAUGAUACGCGGCCUACAGCAGUUCAGUUGGAAGAAAGUUGAUGUUAGCUUUCACUCAGCAUUUUGGCCUUUCUUCGCUCAUAACAAUAUCCAUGUAAAGAAUGAAUGGUUUCACAAUGCUGGAGCUGGAGUAAUUUCUCAUGUGGCAGACCACAUAAAGCAACAAGAGAAGCAACAGGGAUACCCCUUAUUUAUUACUGCUAGUUUGUAGCUUUUGUGGUUGUAAAACAACUGAUAUAGUUCAGAAAUGAAUUGAUACAGCAAUAGUACAGCUUGAUUCUGCUGAGACAAUUGUAAUUCUGUUAAGUUGCUGUAAGAAAAAUAAAUACCACCAAAUAACUUAGCCACCUUGGAUGAGAUGCAAUCAUAUGCGUGCUUCGCAUUGUCAUUGUAGUUUCGGCCCUUGAGAGGGACACAAACUUUUGGCAUAUCAUUAUAAUCUUAUUGGCCGUUAACAGUUGUGUUUCUCCCCCUAAUGCCCAUCCAUCUGAGUUUCGAAAUUGGUUAAUCAAUGCAACUGAGUAUUGGAUUUCCAUUAUAGCCUAA